GAAACACGGCCGAGAAGACACAGAGAAGAAACUUUUAUGGGAAAGGAAAACUUUUGAAGAAUCCGGCUGUUGCUGUUUGUCCGUCAAACUCUGACUGGAAGCAUGGAUGGUGAAGUGGAAGCAUUGAACACCAGCCUUGACAGUCCUCUGAGCCCGAGGCACCUGACCGGGCUGGGGAUGAACUGUCUUCUUAGCCAAAAGUACAGACACUCUGGACCUGGCCUCUCCAGUCCUCAGGAGUACAACCAGUGGCUGCCUUACCGCCAUGACGCCAGCCUGCUGCCCAUGAAAGAAGACCUGGCCUUCUGGCUAAACGCCCUCAUGGGUGUGGACCUCACAGCAGACAGUCUGAUGGAGAGGUUGGAUAACGGCGUCGUCCUCUGUCAGCUGGCCCAGCUGCUGCAGGAGAGGAUGAUCCACACCAGCAAUGGCAAGCCCGUCAUGAGAAGAGUGAUCCACUGGCGAGCAGAUGCAACUUCUGGAUCAUUUUUCGCCCGAGACAACGCUGCCAACUUUCUCUACUGGUGUCGAAAGACCGGCGUUGAUGAGGCUUACCUGUUUGAGUCCGAGGAUUUGGUCCUCCAUAAACAGCCUCGGGAGGUGUGCCUGUGCCUGAUGGAGCUGGGACGGAUUGCAGCCAGGUACGGCGUGGAGCCUCCAGGGCUGGUGAAGUUGGAGAGGGAGAUCGAGAGGGAGGAGGCGGGGUGCUUAUCUCCAUCAUCCUGUCUGCCCUUCUCUUUUUUUCCUCCUACAUCAUUGUAUUCAUCCCUGCCCCCAGCCCCCUCUCCUCCUCCUCUGCCCGUGCCCCUCACUCCGAGCACAACCUGUCUGUCUGAAACCCUCCCCGCUUCCUUUGCCUCUGAUCUUCCAUCAGCCACAACAAACCCAGUGCCUACAUGUUUACCUCCACCUCAGCCCUCCCUCUCAGCCUCUAACCCUUGUACAACCACAGCCUCAACACAAACACCUUUGUUCUCUUCAUCCUGCACCACUAACACAUCUGCUUCAGCUCCACUGGCAGCACCCUCACCAGGCCAAACCGUGGCAUCCACUGCCAAAGUCUCCACCAACACAAUAAACAAACACACUCCCACAGCUGCGCCUCCCAUCGCCUCCCCACCUGCAGCCCUGACUCCUCGCUCCUCCAGCAAAUCCAGCCGGAGGAGCACAGGCACCAACAACAUUUUGGAUGAUAUUGUGAGAAACAUUAUCGAAAAUCCCCCCUGCAGCUGCCCUAACAGGUUCCUUGUCGAGAAGCAACCUAAAGGGUGCUAUCGUGUCGGGGAUAAAGUUCUGUACAUACGGAUGCUGAAUGAGCGUCACGUGAUGGUGCGCGUGGGUGGAGGCUGGGAGACCUUCGUGAGUUACCUGCAGAAACACGACCCCUGCAGAGGAGCGGGGCCGGUCGGCAGAUCUGAGGUCAGGGUCUGCAGGCCCAAAGCGAAGCCGCCCAGUUUGAACAUCUCACCUGACAGCUACAUGGUGGUCGGCGCCCAUUACCGUGGAAAGAAGUAGAGUCUCAAGAUGCUCACUUUUGCUUCUCUGGGCAGCAGCUGUGAACAUUUUACUUAAUCAGACCAAAAGGUACAAGGUUAACGAUUCAACAUAUAGCUCAAAUUGCUUUUACCUCACGUUUUAUGGGAAAUCCAGCUUUUUCUGAACGUUUUCUUAACAGAUAUUUGUGUGAAUCAUACAACCUGCUGAUGGAACUUGGCAGUUAAGAUGCAUGACUGCAACGAUUAGUGGAUGAGCAACAAUUUUACUAAACAAAUAGUCGUCUCUGUCAAUCUUCAAGAAAAAAUAGCAAACAUUUGCUCAUUUAAGCUUCUUCAUUGGGAGGAUUUCCUGAUUUUCUUUGUCAUACAUGACAGUAAACUGAAUACCUUUGACUUGUAAACUGUUGGUUGAAUGAAAUAAUCUGCAUCUUAAUCAACAAUGAAAAUAAUCGUUGUGUAGCACUGUAUGCAGUUAUGCCAUUGGAGUUGAUACAUGUGUACUGUUUAGUUAGUAAGCAUACAGCUGUGUGUUGAUGUAUCACGGUACUGUAGUUUAAAUUUGUAUGUCUGAGCUUAAGCAUUUUCUUUAUUUUACUGGAGAAAACUUUUCUGUUUAGAAUAAACUUCAAAAAAUUCUGUUUGAAUGCUGUAUUGAAGAAGGAAA